ACUCCGACUGUUUGUGCUACAGUCUUACACAUGUGUUUCUUUACAUUGAAUUCAUUGUCUGGGUAUCAGUUGAUGGAUUUUCUAGAAGCUGUUUAAGGAUACAAACUUGUAUAAAGCAGCUUACACUACUUACUAAAGAGAAUCUCAGAUGGGCAGCCUUGUAAAGCCUGUUACAUGCUCAGUCACUUAGGGGAUCACACCUGGCAGUCCCUUGUGAACAGGCUUUUACUGGAAGGUGAGAUCACAAGACUGGUAUAAUGUUCAAACACCCAAACUGGAAGACUUGUGGCUCAUGCUGAAUUGAUAGCUGCAGUUACCCUGCUUUUCUCUCUUCCUCUCUUUUUAGCAAUGUACUCCCAGACUUGCCUUGCAUUUGGCUUGCUUAUUUGGAAUUACCUUUUUUUUGCUAAGUAUAUUUUUAUGUUAGUAAGAUUUUUCUUCCUUGAAAGUUGCAGAUUGUUUCUGGUUUCCCAAGUGAGAUGGAAGAUACAACAGAGAUUUUUUUUUCCCCUUGUUUAAAACAAAACCAUGAGGAUAGAAGUUCCCAAUCUGUAAUUUUGACCAUAUCAUUCAUUUUACCUUGUAUUUAGAAAAAAUAACCACUCUGUGAUAACAAAUUAUGUAAAUUAUUGUCUCUGGUACAGCUUGAAACUGGAACACUUUGCCGCCUAAACUUACAAAAUAUGUAACAAUGAAAUUUUUUUCCAAAGAUGAAAAAUUAUUUUCAUCCUGCUUGCAAGAUAAACAUUCAAGGAUGUUCAUAUGGCAUUGUAUGUCUUUUUAAAGUGCUUUUGCUGCAGAAUUAUUCAUUUAUUUAUUGUUAUGUAUGCUUUAAACUAUCACACAACUUUGUGGACUAAACUACUGAUUGAUUGCCAGCCAGAUGCUCAUUUAGCUGCUGAAGAAGAAGGGAAACGUUUGGAGGAACUGCACAGGGAGGCAGAGAGGGUAAGAAGAAAGCAGCUUGAAAAGGCACAUGUUAGAGGAAGUCAUGCCUUGAAGAAGAUCCAGUUGGCCAAGGACAGGGAAAGAUUCCUGGAAGAGCUGGAGCAAAUGCACGCUCAAGAUCGGAUGCGCAGGAGACAAGUUGUUGCACAGAUGCCACCUCAGCUUUCAGUGCCACCAUGCAAACGCAUGGAAACAAAAGAAGAAUGGCAGAGAGAACUGGAGUCUGCAUUUGAAGAAAUGUGCAGUGAAGACAGGAACAUGAAAGAAGACCUGAUUCUGCAGUUUGAGCCACAACCUUUGCCAGCCCCUUCUGAAAGAGCUCAAGAUAAUGAUCUUGAUAUCUCCUUGGAGCAUGAAUCUGCUUGUGGUACUCAGCAGGAGUCAGGACAUGUGGUAGAAGAGGAGGUCCCUAAUGAGCCAGAAAGGCAUGAAGAAGGAAAAACUUGCCAACCUCGAUCAAAACUUGCCUUAAAGAAAUUGUUGAACAAAAUUAGAAGCCAAAAAGAUGAGUGGACAUCAAAAAAUGAGAAAGAGAGUCAAAGUGAAUUUGAAACUAUUGAAUCAGACACUAUGAAAAUGUUGGAAAAUACAGUUGGAGAUGAAAAGUCAGUUCCAAUCCAUCCUCAAGAACAAGCAGCUAAAAUCAGAAUGGAAGAGGCAGCUAAAAUCAGAAUGGAAGAGGAGAAACAGAAGUGGAAUGAGGAAAUAGAGAAACAGAAACAGGAGCAGCUGGCCUUGAUUAAAAAAAUUGAGGAAGAGAAAGCUCUUUUGGAGGCUGAUUAUCUGCAGAUCCAAAUGCAAACCUGUUUGGAGCAGGCUAAGAAAAAAAAGGAAGAGGAAGAGCAAAGUCAGCUGGUGCAAAGCCACAGUCUCCAUUCCACAGACCAGCAGAACCAAAUGGAACAUGAGACUGGAAAUACAUCAGAAGCCAGGAGUCCAGGAGAAGACAGUCAUAGACAGAUGAUACAUAAUUUUCAACAAUGCCUUCUGCAGCAAAAAAGGCUGCACAAACAAACAAUUGAAGAAGUUAGAAAGAAUCUGCAGGAGUAUCAGAAUACACUGAGGCAAAGGUACCUGUGUGCUUCUGAAACACCUCUGAGCACCAGGGAAGCAAAGCCCAUUGAUUUAGAGCCGGUCUCAGAGCCGCCCCUGCAGACACAAGGAGUGCAGCCAGCGCAGUACCAGGCUUCGGAACAAGUUCACGCCCAAGAGUAUGUGCAGUCAUUACCUGUGUUUUCAGGAACCUUGGGUAUAUUGGAAAAACCGUCUUCACAGAAGCAGCAAGGGCAAGUGCAUAAUAUUUGUCCUGGAAAAUCAGUGCAGUUUUCAGAAGCAUCAGAAUUGAAGCCUGGAGGGUUUCACUUGCCCUGUGACUGUGCUUCACAGGAACAAGUGGGAAUAUUUGAAACUGCCAGUAAUCACAUCAGAGAACCGUUCCAGUCCCAUUUACCAUCAUGGUCAGUCAGGAAAGAAGUGACUGCAGUAAGAACACAACCAGAAGCACACCAACAGCACUUCAGAUUUGUGUUGCCUGCAGAAAGUUCCUCUGAGUCUUCAGAAACAGUGCACUCUAAAGAGUUACCUCAGAAGAUGUCUGACUAUCGAAACAAGACGGAAGCUGGAGAAGAGCAUCCAUUUAAGACAUCCGUCAUGCCAGCCACAAAGAGAUCAGCCUUGGCUGAUCCUUUAGCCUACCAGCAGGGAUCUGUAGAGAGCAGCAGCAAAACAAGCCCUGAUCAACCUCUCAGUCUUUCUGAACCCACAAUUCUAGUGCAUGAAGAAUCUAAAACCCAGGGUGUUGAAGAAUUCUUGAUGUCAAAAGCAGGAGAUGUAUCUUCAUUAAAUUAUUCUGGUAUACUGAACUUAAGGGACAGAGUGUUGGCCUCAUCAGAAAGCAUCCAAGCUCAGCAAAAGCAUUUGAAAGAAUUGCAAGAGCAGCUAGAUGCGCAAAGAGAAGCUCUUCUUUCUAAACGGAGAAUACAAGAAAAACUACUUUUACAGAAGCAAGAUAAAUUGAAGGAACAGAUGCAGAGACAGCAAGAGGCUUUGAAACAACUUCUAAACAAGCAGGUGAGACAUAUUUGCCCAAAUGAAGAAAUGACAGAGGCACAAAAGCCUGUCAGGAUUAAGACAACUGACUUCUUCCAAGUGUCAGAAAACUACCAGCAAGAGAAUUGUGGCAGGAGUAAAUUUCAUGGAAGUGAAACAAUUUCACAGUGCAUUGGCCCAGUUGAGCAAAGUAAACAACCUGAGAAAGUUCUCUGUAGAGAACAGAAACGGAGAUCUUCCAAACCACCAGUGACAAAAGUCAAGUUAGGUCUUGGUUUGGAGCAGCAUGAACUUAGUGUUAUACCAGAGGUAGACACGCCCAAGAACUGCAGGCUCUCUUUGGCAGGCAUAACAAGCUAUGAAGGAAAAGCCUCCAGUGAAAGUCCAAGGCAAACUAAUCCACCAGGAAGAUUAUUACAACAACUGCUGAUGAUGGCUGCUGAAACUUCAUGUGAAUCAGCCCAGUCCCAGGACUCUCAAGUGUCUCAGGAUUUACCAGUUGUCACUGCUGAAGGUGGAGAGAGACUUAGAACAAGUUCUGGACCAUCACUGGGGCUUGAUAAUACGGAAGUGCCAGGUUCAGAGGCUUUCGUGCAACGAAUACCCUGUGAUGGAACUUCAACAGUUUCCACUGGCACCUUUUCAACCAGUGAAAUGUUGAAUGCAAACCCUGUUGACACUGGAUUGUCUUCUAAUAGAAGAGAAGGUGGAAUUGUGAGAGAAACAGGAAGCCACCCUUGGAACUCCUCACUUCCUUUUACCUUGCAGCAGAGGCAAGAGAUUUUGUCUGCAGCGUCUGAAAGUCAGUUGUCUGAAGGAAAGAUGUGUUUUUAUAAAGAAAACCAGAUAGAGCAGAUCUUGGGGAGACCUACUGGGAACUUGAACUCUUACUCAGAGGACAAUACACAUUUCCAAGCUCUAGAAACUGAACUCUGUUUUCCUGAAAUGGAGGGACCUUUUCCAAACUUCCAUCACCAGAUCUUUCAGCCUUUGGAACCAAGUGUUGACUUUGAUACAUCAUCAUCCUCUUCUCAAUACAGAAUUUCCCAACACAGUAGAGAAUUUAGCAAGAAUUCAGGAUUUCCUACGGAAAGUCCAGAUGUGUCUGCAUUUCUAGAAGAAAACUCCGGUCUGAGCAGACAAAGAAGCAAUCUGCCUCCUACUCUUGAAGCAAAUGGGCAAAACAUCUCAUCAGAAGAAGGGUCCAUUAGAGAAAAUGUUACUCUAGGAUCUGAAGAAUCUUUUCACCCACUGCAAUUAGAAUCUACUCUGAGUGAUGACUGUCAGAAUGCUGAUCAGCCAGGGGAUAUGAACAUUGUGUCACAGAGACCUUUUGAACAAGUGCCUGGAAUUAAAAACAGAGGCAGUGAGAACUGUGUUUCACCUGCAAGUGAAUAUGAAGAGCUGUCAAGAAGUAUGAGAUGUAUUAAUCUCCAGUGUUCAGUGGAAGAUGUGCAGAACAAAAGUCUGAUUCACCUGGAAGAGCAAAAAUCAUUUUAUCAACUAGAUCCCAUACCAGUUCCAAUGGAUGAAACUUUCCCUCGGCAAAUAGUAAAAGAGACUGUGUCUUCUGAAAAAUUACCUUUGGAGGCAUUUGAUAAGAAGAAGGAUGUGAAGCUUCCUGAAAAAUCACUUCAUGUAGAUGAAGUAAAUAAAGCUGUGGAUCUGCAUUCUCAGUGCAAUAUGGACAUGGAGGAGCCAGAUCAAAGCUUUCCAGAAGGACAAGAAUCUCUGAGGGUUCUCAGAGAAACCACCUUGGAAGACUCAGACAUCCAUUUGCACCCUGCUGUACAGCAGAACAGUUCUUUGUUCCAAGGACACGAAAAACCUUCUCAUUCUGUGCCCAGAAGCUCAUGUCAUAUUCCAGUCUGGGAGACUGAGUCAGGGCAUGGUAUCAUGGAAGAACCUGAGCUCACUCUGGUAAGCUCCAAUGACAUCAGUAUUGUAGAAUCAGACAUUGAACAUCCUAACCAAGAGAAAAUUAAGGAGGAUGCAAUGGAUAACUCAGCAUGUGUGGAUCAGUCUGAAUGUGAUGUUUUUACUGAGGAGAGAGAAUUUUUGCCACUAACUCCAGAUGCAGAUGAUUCAGCAUUCGUAAGGCCUGACAGUUCUCCCAAAGCCCAGAGUCCCAACAAGAGUCCCUGUCCAUCACAUCAGACUGCAGUGAUGCUGCUGGAAUUUGCAGCUACACCCAGAAGUUUACAAAAAUAUUUUUUAAAAAGAAAGCAGAAUUUCAUCCAGGAAUCUCUGAAAAGAGUAGAAGCAAUUAAAAAUAAGGAGAGAGAAAAUGAAAAGCUGCAAGCAAGCAAGCUUCUAGGAGGAAAGUCUGAGAAUCUAAGAAGCAGACAAAAGGAGUCUGAUCUUCUCUCUGGAAAAAAUGGUGCACUUGCCAAUCAAUUGAAAAAAGUAGGAGAAGUGAAAGUAUCUUCUCCAGAGGAUAGGAAGUCUGGAGAAAUUGAAAUGCACCAGCGUACAUCCAGACUUUAUAAUCAGCUUGCAGAAGUAAAAAUCAGAAACGAAGAAAAAACAAGGCAAGAAACUUAUGCUAAAAACAGAGAAAAGGCUAAAGAGUUUCAAAAGAAAAUGCUGGAGAAACUGCGGGCCAAGAAGACUUGGAAAGCACCGUGACAGGGAAAGACUUUGAGCAACAAGGGCACACGGUGGUGUUGGUACAAUCCAGGCCCCUGAGUGCUGCAGCCUCAGUGGUGAAUGCUGAAGCCAUUUAGGCAUACUCAGCUUUAAGCUGUAGGAACACUGAGUACCCCAAACCCCUGUGGUCCCCUGUUCAGAGCUCACCACAGGUGCAGAUGGACAGAAGAAACAAUGCUUUCUUCAUUCUUUCUUCUGAGUUACCGGCCUGAAAGGCUUUUUCUUAUAUGUUAAUAUUUCAAGUAGAUUUUGUAAGUAAGUUUUGUAAUAUACAUGUAUAAAAUGUUUUCAAAUAAAGUUUUAAGGUUAUUUGAAUCUCUGAGGAAAAGGACCUUUCUCCUGUAAAGCUGGAGUUUUUGGUCUAUUGUUUGCAAUUGUGUGAUUUAAGAUUAGAAGUAUGGUUUCCUGCAGUCACAAAGUACAUCUUAAAGCACUUGAAUGGAAGAACUAUAAAUUUACUUCUUCCAAAGAGAGGUUUUCUAUACCUGUUUUAUGAGCUAAGCACAUAACAAUUAGGUCAGAUUUAAAGCUCAACUUUUUCUGUAAAUUUGGUUAUUAGCAGGUGCAGUACCAAGGGCUUUCCAUUAAUGCUCUUUCUGGUUAAAAUGCACCUCAGCAAGUCAUGGAGUAGUUGGUGCUACAGAAGAGACCUUUAGAGGUCCUCUGGUCCAAUGCCCCUGCAAUGCUUAAGGCUCUAACAAGAUCUCCCUGGUGCAUUCUCUGCUCCAGGAGGAACCCCAGCUCUGAGCCUCUUCACAGGAGGUGAAGUGCUCCAUCCCUGUGUUCAUUUUUGCAACCUCCUCUAAAUCUGCUCCAAGGGAACUCUUAGAAAGCUGAUUUUUGAUGAACUAACUCUACACUUCUUUUCACUCAUUUCUUUCAGUCUGGUGCAGUUGGCAUGUACUGCAGCAGCAAACCCUAAGACAAAUCCAGUUUGUUAAAUUCCAUGGACCCAGGUGGAAGCUAUUUGCACAAUUCUAGGAUUAUCAAUAGAACAUGGAGUAGCAAGUUAAAGUGAAUGUUUAAUUCAAAAAACUGCAAUAAACACUCUAGGGAUGGUUCUUU